UUCACGUUUGGGGGUUCCCUGUGACCAAACUUAAGGCAGUGAGCUGUCUGGCCUCUGAACUGACACCACCAGUGGCCAACUAGUACCACCUCCAGUGACGUCAGAGGAGUCCAGACCUAUUCACAAUUCAAAGCCCUAAAACACUGAGGGGUUAGCCGUUGGUUUCCAGUUGUCCAAGCCUGUGAGUGGCUAUGUGUCCUGGUUGGGUGCUUAAAGCAAGGAGGUGAAAGGCGAUCGGCAUUGGCGAAUGGGGUCCCUCCCCUUUCCGCAGGCCCCGCCGCCGCCAUCUUUGUUGGGGGCAGCCGGGCCUGGCUCGAGAUGCCGAAGUCGUGCGCGGCCCGACAGUGCUGCAACCGCUACAGCAGCCGCAGGAAGCAGCUCACUUUCCACCGGUUUCCGUUCAGCCGCCCGGAGCUGCUGAAGGAAUGGGUGCUGAACAUCGGCCGGGGCAACUUCAAGCCCAAGCAGCACACGGUCAUCUGCUCCGAGCACUUCCGGCCAGAGUGCUUCAGCGCCUUUGGAAACCGCAAGAACCUGAAGCACAAUGCUGUGCCCACGGUGUUCGCCUUUCAGGACCCCACACAGGUGAGGGAGAACACAGACCCGGCCAGUGAGAGAGGAAAUGCCAGCUCUUCUCAGAAAGAAAAGGUCCUCCCUGAGGUGGGGGCCGGAGAGGACAGUCCUGGGAGAAACAUGGACACUGCACUUGAAGAGCUUCAGUUGCCCCCAAAUGCCGAAGACCCCGUAAAACAGGUCUCACCACGGAGGCCGCAAGCAACAGAGGCUGUUGGCCAGCCGACUGGCCCUGCAGGCCUGAGAAGGCCCCCCAACAAGCAGCCAUCUGAUCACAGCUAUGCCCUUUUGGACUUAGAUUCCCUGAAGAAAAAACUCUUCCUCACUCUGAAGGAAAAUGAAAAGCUCCGUAAGCGCUUGCAGGCCCAGAGGCUGGUGAUGCGAAGGAUGUCCAGUCGCCUCCGUGCCUGCAAAGGGCACCGGGGACUCCAGGCCAGACUUGGGCCAGAGCAGCAGAGCUGAGCCCCACAGGCUCCGGACGCAGAGGUGGCAGUGGCACCAGGGCCGGCAGGGCUUUGGAGCUCUGGUUGUGGACAUUUUUGUCUGCUGUGGACACUGAGAAAGUUGGCCAUGAGGCCUGCUUGGCCGGGGAUCCAGACAGUAGCCAAGCUCCCCGGCGAGAGCCCCGACGCCGUCUGGGGGACGUUUAGAGGCGUGGCACUAGGAGUGCACAUCUGUGAGCAUGACAAGCUUAUCCUCCCAUGGUAACAGAAGUCCAGGCUGAGGCUGAUUCUGGACGCUGUCCUUUCAGCACACGCAGAGCGAAGAUCGUUGGAAGCCCCAGUGUGGGAGAUGCUCCUCAGGGAGGCCCCUCUUCCAUCAGCCUGGACAGCCGCUCGGGGUUCUAAGGAGUGACUGACUCCUGUUCCGGCCUGGUGUGAGUGGGCAGUGUAAUAAAGUAUCUUUCUAUA